CGUGAUGAAACUUGACAGCAUGGAGUUUCCUAGCAACAAGAGCGUGUAUGACGCUGACGGCGUGGAGAUGAGGCUGUGUGAGGUCGAUGGUAAACUGCUGCCUUGUUUCAACAUGAGUAACAUCACUGGGGUCAAGGACGUCCAGCUCAGGGACGAUGACGUCCUGUUGCUUGGUUACCCCAAAACAGGCUGCCACUGGACCUGGGAGGUUCUCAGCAUGAUGGUGGCCAAGAACCCUAUCUUGUCAGAGCUAGGCAAGGGGACAAGUUUCUUAGAGAUGUCGUCUGCUGAGAACAUCGACCGCACCCCCAGCCCUCGUGUCUUGAACUCUCACCUGUGGUUCGACUUUUUACCCACACAGCUGGCGGAGGAAAAAAAACGAAAUCGAUUAUAACCAUCAGGAACCCUAAAGACACGUCGGUGUCCUAUUACAACCACGUGCUGACGUUGCAAAUGAUGAACAAAUACAACGGGACUUUUAAAAACUGGUUUCAGUUGUAUCUGGAUGGGUUAGUGGAAUAUGGAUCUUACAUCGACUACUACUUAGAAUGGGAUCAAGUUAUUAAGGAUAACCCUAACCUACCCGUACUUGUUGUCUCUUUUGAAGCCAUGAAAGAG